AUGCCUAGCCUCGGUUUUCUCAAGAAGAAGCGGAACAGGGACGCCAACACCGACCCUUCUGGUACAAGCCAACCAAGCAGUCCAGUCACCCUCACUGCUCCCAAGGGGGGCGACAGCAGCACCUCUGUCCUCUCUCCGUCGCCGCAUGAUAGUGCGGCAACCGCAACUCCCCCAUCCGCGUUGACACCGAAGCAAGAGGCACAGGGGAAGGCAGCAUCGACAAUGAACCAGCUACCAGUACAGCAGCCGCACUUCGCCCCGCCGGCACCCACUCCCUCCCCGGGCACGGAGCCGCAGAACCUGCCCAGCAUCUCCAACCUGAUCAAUCCGCCUCAGCACGACGGCAACGCGCAGUCCUACCAGCAACAAGCCCAAUCGGCAUUCCCCCUGCCGCCCACCAACGGCCGAGAGGCUGGUGCUACCCAGAACCAAAGCAACAUGUCCCAGCCGCAACAACAGCAACAGUCGGGCCAAGACUCACAAAUCCGCGUCACCAAGGGCAAGUAUUCGCUUGCCGACUUUGAGAUCCUGAGGACUCUUGGCACUGGUAGUUUUGGCCGGGUCCAUCUCGUCCAGUCGAGGCACAACCAGCGCUUCUAUGCGGUCAAGGUGUUGAAGAAGGCGCAAGUUGUCAAGAUGAAGCAGGUUGAGCACACCAACGACGAAAGACGCAUGCUGGGCGAGGUGAAGCACCCAUUCCUCAUCACGCUGUGGGGGACAUUCCAGGACGCACGGAAUCUCUACAUGGUCAUGGACUUCGUCGAGGGUGGAGAGCUCUUUUCCCUUUUGCGCAAGUCGGGACGAUUUCCUAACCCCGUCGCCAAGUUCUACGCAGCCGAGGUCACGCUCGCGUUGGAGUAUCUCCACUCAAGGAACAUCAUCUAUCGCGAUCUCAAGCCAGAAAACCUCCUGCUGGAUCGCCAUGGCCAUCUGAAGAUAACAGACUUUGGCUUUGCCAAACGCGUUCCGGACAAGACAUGGACACUUUGUGGUACGCCAGAUUAUCUGGCCCCCGAGGUCGUAUCCAACAAGGGAUAUAACAAAUCCGUUGACUGGUGGUCCUUGGGGAUCUUAAUCUACGAAAUGCUUUGCGGUUACACGCCUUUCUGGGAUGGGGGAUCGCCCAUGAAGAUAUACGAAAACAUUCUCAAGGGCAAGGUUAAAUAUCCACCGUAUCUCAACCCAGAUGCCCAGGAUCUGCUGGAGAGGCUCAUUACAGCCGACCUCACGAAGCGCCUGGGCAAUUUGUUUGGAGGUUCGCAGGACGUCAAGAGUCAUCCCUGGUUCGCCGAGGUGACGUGGGACCGCUUGGCGAGAAAGGACAUCGACGCUCCUUAUACACCACCUGUCAAGGCUGGGGCUGGUGAUGCGAGCCAAUUCGACAGGUAUCCGGAGGAGACGGAACGCUAUGGUCAGACUGGCCACGACGAGUACGGUAACCUGUUUCUCGAGUUCUAA